AUGCUCUUUAAGCCUCGAGGCGUGACGAGCAAUGACCCAAAAUACGCUGGAAACUCUCGUAUCAUGACGAUACCCUACCUUCUUGCGUACAGAGACACCUGGAAGGAGCGCUUGUCGGAAGAUUUUUCUCUGGGGCGCAUCCUGUUGGCUGCGCGAGCCUCAAAGAGGAAGCCAGCGGAACCGGAGAAGCUUGUGAUGACCAGCAAUGGAUUCAAAGUCAAGAGCCGGGACGCGAUUGACCAGUCAGAGCGCGGUGUACGCUUGGUGCAGUGCACGCUUAAUAAACUCACGGAGUCUAACUUUGCUGUGCUUUCCAACUCCAUCCUUGUCCCUGAAAUUAUUCUUAAUGCGAGCGUGGUGGCCGACGUGGUGCGGCUCAUCUACGACAAGGCUCUUGUUGAGCCUGUCUUUGCUGGUUUAUAUGCACGUCUGUGCCACUUGAUUGUGCGCUACGAGUAUGACUACCGCAACGCACAGGGUGGCGAGGCCGACGCACAAAAGAGUGAGGUUCGUGUGGCGAUUGUGGAGAAGUGCCAACAAAUGUUUGAUGGGGCCACCAAGGCGGUGCGGGAAACUGCGUCAGAGGAUGAGGCUGAGAAGUUGCGUAAACGCAACGUUAACAAUAUCAAAUUUGCUGGUGAACUCUUCCUGAAAUCGCUUAUUACGCAAAAGAUUAUAGAUCUGAUCUUGCGUGAGAAGGUUUACAAGGACAUGCCCACCGACAUGGAUCUUGAAGUUGUCAUCAACUUGCUGGAGGUUGUAGGGAAAAUGUAUGAAGAGAAGCACCCCGCGGCACAGCCCGAAUUGUGGAAGUUGCUGGGAGGCCUACAGGAGGAACGAAGAUUUUCAAAUCGAAUUCGUUUUUUGCUACAAAACCUCAUCGAUCGGCGCAACGGUGGGUGGAAACCACGUGAGCCGGAGCAGGUUAUAGUAGAGGACCCACAACCGCAGCAGCAGCAGCAGCAACAACAACAACAACAACAACAACAACAACGGUAUCACCCCCAUCAGCAACAGUACCAUAAUAAUAAUAAUAAUAACCAUCACCACCACCACCAGCAGCAGCAGCAGCAGCAGCAAAUUCGUAACAGAGAUCAGCUUCCGCCGCCUGUGGGAAAGCGAGCAACAAGCCACCAGGACGUCCCCAAUUCAUAUGGUGUGGGGACGCGACGUGCGACGAGUCACUCUGAUCUGUCUGGGUUUGGUGGUUACAUCAUGCCACCACCACCACCUCCACUCCUGCCGCCACCACAACUGCAAUCCGCACCUGGGGAGGAGCAACUGUCGGUGGAGGAGAAGAAGGUACUUGCGCUCGCACGACCACCUGAGGCACUCACGGAUGAAGUGAGUCGGACCAUACUUCGUAUUGCUCGUGAUGCUGUGGAGGAUGGAUUGCCCAAUCGAGACUGGAUAACGAAUGAUCUCUCACGUGUGUUGGGUCCCAACGAAACUGUUAACCAGUGUUUGGCGACAAGUAUCUAUGUGAUUCUACUUCGGGCUCUAAUGGACACAAAAGAGAAUGAGCGGGCGCUGUUCUUGACCGCACUCGAAAAAGCUAGGUGGGGGCGCAGCGUUCUGUGUCGCGGAUUUUCAAUGUGUCUUACCAAAAUUAUUGCAGAAAGAGAUGUGGCGGAUUGCCCGCGCAUUUUUUCCCGCUUCGUAGAUGUUGUUGGACGCGUCACGGAGAUGAAUUUUUUGAAUAUAACAAAAGACAUUAUGGCACGUACGGCGAAAAACCUUGACGUCAUGCAAGUCGUCUGUGAUGAGACAGAGGAUUGGGAAGAGGAAUUCAUUAAUGUUUGGGACAGCCUUCUGUUGGCGCGGCCAACGUCGACGAAGGUGUCAGUAGCCGAGAGCAUGGAAGCGUUGUGUUCAGUGCGGUUAGGGUCCUUUUUGCGCGGCAUUCUUCCCGACUUUGUGGCCUCGAUGGUGCAGGCGGGUUUUUUUACGGAGGACGACUUAAGGCAAUGGCGGCAGGAGAACGAGUCGAGUACAAAGUACCGCGUCCUCACAGAGGAACUUGCUCAGCUUUAUCCCUGA